AUGACUCUCGAGUCAAUUGUGUAUCAUGGCGGACUACUUGAUCAGUGGACAGACUGGUUACGUGCCCGACGAUGGACUGAGCGGGCAGCAACUCUUCAACUGCGGGGACGGCCUUACAUACAAGACUCCUCUCAAGGGAACUCGAUCUUUCAAAUCAACAUGAUUAAGUACAUCAAAGAGAAAUACCCACCGCUUCAGGUCAUUGGAGGCAAUGUGGUAACUGCAGCCCAGGCCAAGAACCUGAUCGAUGCAGGGGUGGACAGCCUGCGCGUGGGCAUGGGCAGUGACUCCAUCUGCAUCACACAGGAAGUGAUGAUGGGCUCUCUCCUGGCUGCCACCAGCGAGGCUCCAGGUGAAUACUUCUUCUCUGAUGGCAUCAGGCUGAAGAAGUACAGAGGCAUGGGCUCACUGGAUGCCAUGGACAAGAACCUGGGCUCCCAGACCAGAUACUUCAGUGAGUGUGACAAGAUCAAGGUGGCCCAGGGUGUAUCGGGGGCGGUCCAGGACAAAGGCUCCAUCCAUAAGUUUAUUCCCUACCUGCUGGCUGGGAUCCAGCACUCCUGUCAAGACAUCGGAUCCAAGAGCCUCACCCAGCUCAGAGCCAUGAUGUAUUCUGGAGAUCUGAAGUUUGAGAAGAGGACAACAUCGGCCCAGAUGGAGGGAGGAGUCCACAGCCUGCACAGUUAUGAGAAGCGCUUGUUCUAAGGGAGAGAACAACAGUAAUGGGCUGCAGACUUGUGUUCCUCAAGCAUACGCACAUGCAAGCACAAACAACUACUUGCCAUCCCCCUUACACACACACACACAGGGUGGCAGGAAAGCCUAGCGGUUAGAGCGCUGGGCCAGUAACUGAAA